AUGGAGACCGAACAAAAAAGUGACAUUCUCUUCGUAGGAUUUAACCAGAAUGCUGACUGCUUCGCAUGUGGAACAGAAAGUGGGUUCAAAAUAUUUAAUACUGACCCGUUUAAAAAUACCUUCUCCAGAGAUCUUGAUGGAGGUAUUGGUAUUGUUUCGAUGCUCUUUCGAUGAAACAUUCUUGCGCUGUCGGGAGGGGGCAGCAAUCCUAGAUACAAUCCAGAUAGAGUUAUGCUCUGGGAUGAUAGUCAGUCGAAAUGCAUCGGAGAACUUAAAUUUAAAUCAGAAGUCAAAGCUAUUAAAAUGAACAAAGAAACAAUAGUAGUUGUUCUCGAAGACAGAAUUUAUGUUUAUGAGUUUCUCAGCCUUAAAAUAAGUGAUGCAAUCGAGACUUGGACCAACCCUGAUGGACUUUGCUGCCUAAGCUCAAUGAAAGAUACCAAUGUGCUGGUUUGCCCAGAUAAAGAGCAAGGAAUGAUCAGAAUCAUCAAUAAUGGUAACCAAGAAACUGUGAAAGCUCAUGACGGAUCUAUUGCAUCUCUCUCCUUGUCGCCAGAUGCCACGAAAUGUGCCACUGCAAGUGACAAAGGGACUCUCGUUAGAAUUUUUGACACUUCCACGGCAACUAAACUGCAAGAAGUCAGGAGAGGAGCUGAUCCAGCAAAAAUUUACUCAAUUGCAUUUUCAAGUAACGAUCUUCUGGCGGUGUCUUCUGACAAAGGAACUGUACAUGUCUUCGGACUUAAGACAAGCGAAGAGAAGAAGAAAGAAGAAACCAGCAAGAAUACCACCUCAUACUUCGGGUUCAUGAAGGGAGUCCUUCCAGAGUAUUUCUCAUCUGAGUGGAGUUUCGCCCAAUUUAAGUUUAAUGAGGACAGUGAUUCGACCUACACAGCCUGAGCAUUUACUGACAACAACUCUCUUGUGCUGGUCAGCAAGAAGGGAGACUACUAUUUGCUAGAAGUCGACAAAGAAGGAAAAACCAUCACAAAGAAAGCCCACCUCAUGGUCAAUUCGGAGUAG